AUGGCCUCGCCGGCGGCGGUGACGCGGCACCCUUCCCCCACCGUCCUUGCCUCCGGCCCUCGCUACUGCCGCCGCGUCAGUGCUCCCCCCGGAUGUAGUGCAAUUCCGCUGGUGGAAUCCACGCCCAGCGGUGCGGGACAUCCACCUUCGAAAGUCGGCUUCCGAAGCUUGGCGCCACGAUUAAAGGUCAAUGCACUUUUUGGGUGGCCUAAGGGAGACACGACAACACGUCAACCGAUCCCUCCUGCUGAAUCAUAUACGCCCUCAGGGUCAGCCUCAGAGGUGGGUGCAAAACCACGUGAGGUGUCCAUUUCUGUUGCUUCUUCUAUCAUGGACAUUCCUGCUGCGGAUUGGGAUGCCUGUGCGUGUGAUCCAGAUGAUCCUGAAAACUUUAACCCUUUCCUUACUUAUGCAUUCCUCUCAAGCUUAGAAGAAUCACGUUCUGCGGUAAAGGAAACUGGCUGGUUACCUUUCCAUGUUGUUGCACGGGAUGAGAAUGGACAUAUUAUAGGUGUUGUUCCGCUUUACCUUAAAAGCCAUUCUAGAGGAGAGUUUGUGUUUGAUCAAUCAUGGGCAGAAGCUUACUACAACUAUGGCCUUGAAUACUAUCCAAAGCUCCAGUCUUGUGUGCCUUUUACUCCAGUAACUGGUCAAAGAAUAUUACUUCGAAAAACAUCAUAUCGUGAUCAAGUUUUUGAUGCACUAGUCAAAGGUUUGAUAAGCCUGACUACCAAGCUGAACUUGUCAUCAUUACAUAUUACUUUUCCUUCUGAAGGUGAAUUCAGCAAAUUGAAGGAUAGUGGGUUGUUACAAAGAAUUGGGUUGCAAUAUCACUGGAGAAAUCGGAAUUACAAGAGUUUUGAUGAGUUUCUGAUGGAUUUGAGGCAGCCUAAACGGAAGAAUAUCAGACAAGAACGUAAAAAGAUUCCUGCUCAAAAUUUGCAAAUGAAGCGACUUCGUGGAGACAAAAUAAAGAGCAGCCACUGGGACGCCUUCUAUAAAUUCUACCGUAACACAACUGAUAAUCAUUGGGGCAGACCAUACUUGACAAGGGAUUUCUUUCACCUCUUGGGAGAAAAGAUGGGGGAGAAUGUGAUGCUUAUUGUUGCUGAAAAAGAUGAUAAACUAGUUGCUGGAGCUCUUAACAUUAUUGGAGGUGAUACACUGUUUGGCCGGUUAUGGGGAUGCCUGCCAGAUGCUUACUUUCCCAAUUUGCAUUUUGAAGCUUGCUAUUAUCAGGCGAUUGAAGCAGCCAUAGAGUUAAACCUGAGUAAGGUGGAGGCAGGUGCUCAGGGAGAGCACAAGAUCCAGCGUGGUUACCUCCCAGUGACAACUUACAGCUGCCACUACUUUUCAAAUCCUGAUUUUGCGGCAGCUAUUGGAAAUUUUCUUACACAUGAGACGGCUCAGGUUAAGCAUGUUAUUAAGGUCCAUCAUGAUUCGGGUCCAUACAAGGAAGACAUACUGAAAGAGUUUGCAGCUCAACAAGGUGUCGACCUGUAG